AUGGCCACCCAGACCUUUCACGCGACACAGACUCGCAAACGCAUCCAGGCUUUGCCUACUCGUCGCACGAGGGUCACUCUCAGUAAGGAGGCCCGCGCUGCCCUUACUGCUCGGCGUCGUGAAAAUGCGCAUCAAUUCAGAUCAGCUCUCGGUGAUGCUUGGAACGGUCUCGAUGAGACCGUAAAGGAAAUCGCAUCUUCUCACCACAAGAGUUUCCGCCGUGUACAAAAUGACUUAUGUUUAGGCCGGGGGAUGAUGAGAUUCAAGCGCUCGAAGUUGAAUGCGUGGAACGCAUUCUGUUGGAAAAAACGGCAGGAUAAUCAAGAGAAUGGGGCGACAGGCAAGGACGUCCUACAAGAACUCGUCAAGAGCCACCGUGCGGAAUAUCAAGAGCUCACAGAUGACGAGAAGGCUGCGAUUUUGCUCGAGUACAGCGAGCACAAGGAGACACAAGCCACGGGCAUCCGAAUUUCAACAAAGUCAAAGGUUAAUGAUGUCACCCAGACCCUCAAGGCCCUUAACAAUUUGAGGAGCCGUACGGGAGCCGAGGCGAUCCUCUACACGACGCGUGGGUCCACGGACCUCCCUCUUCGUGGUGUCGCUUUUGCUACCGAAGGUGUGGACGAGUUUAUGUCGUCUGUAAUGAAUAUCGACAAUCAAGAUUUAAUUAGCAAGAUGGAAGGAUUCGCUGUCCAGGGCAUGAAAGGUGCUGCGAAAAAUCAUCAAAAGCGUUGUUCCGAUGUUCGUGCGGCGAUCCGCCACGAAAUUCAGAAGGGACUUGUGGCAAUCACUAAGGACGAAAACGCGAAGAUGCACUGGGCGAAUUAUUUCCGCAACGUUAUCCAGCGCUAUAAAGUCGUUAUCGAAGGCUGGCCUGCUAACAUCCCUUUCGUCAACCUCAGCCAAGCCUCGAGCGCCCUUCCUGACCUUGAAAUGAUUCGUCGGAAGUGGGAGUCUCGUGCCAUCUGCUGGAGAGAAAUUGACGACGAGGAGUUUCAACAACUCCUCGAAGAGCGCAACGAGAAGCUGGAAAGUGGUGAGAUCACGGACCACCGCCGCCGGACUCGCUCAGACAAGGGAAAGAAGCGGGCACGGUCUACGGAUGGAUCGGGUCGUCGCAAGAAGACGUACAAGAGCACGGAGACCGUCGAGACCGACAAUGAAGACGAGACCACCCCAGCUGCCAAUGCCAGUUCCCCUAGUGCCAGUUCCCCUAGUGCCAACAUCCCUAGCGCUAACAUCAGUACCAACUCCACCAACAUCAGUACCAACUCCACCAGCACCAACACCAACGAUGACGCCGGCACUAAUACCAAUGCCAGCACCAAUAGCAAUGUCAACAGCUGA